GAGUUGACCGCGAAGGUUAGGCGGGCUCUUGCUCUUGGACAGAGAGCAUCAAUUUCAGAUUUUUAAUGGUUGGACAUUUUAAUCCUCUUUCUGCAAUGAUGACUAAAAAGCAGUUUGGAUGGCGAAAGCUAUUUCUGAUCCUCACAGUACUUCCCUGCUGCAGGAGUGUGGAGGUUUCUAUUCCACAGAAAAAUUAUGAGGUUGUAAGCGGAGAUGAUAUUACCAUGACCUGUUCCUUCGUCCCAGCCAGAACAGACUACAGCAACCUCGUCCUCACGUGGGAGGCUUACCCUGUUAAACCUGGUGAUACAAUUAAAUCAGUGGCCACCUACUUUUUAAACAGUGUGGUUAACAUUCCGCCUGCUUAUGAAGGCAGAGCCUUUAUGGAGGUUGACCUUCACCAAAAAGUGAGCACACUCCGCCUAACGAAGGUGACCAUGCAGGACAGCCGCAGUUACCAAUGCAGUGUUAAGAUCCCUGAUGAUGACGAGGGAACACCAGCUGCCACCACUUCCCUUUUGGUCCUGGUGCCUCCCUCUCCACCCGUCUGUAGCAUUCAGGGAAAAGCAGAGUACUGGGAAAAUAUCAACCUCACCUGCAAGUCUGAGGAGGGGUCCCCAACACCUGUGCCUGUGUGGAAGAGCUACAGCGUCAAUAACAUUCCCAGGCAAUUUCCAGUGAAGACAACCGAAAAGGAUGGAGUUCUGUCUCUCUUCAAUAUUUCAAGAGAAAUGUCUGGGUUCUUCAUUUGCACGUCAACAAAUCGAGUUGGUUCUGCCAGCUGCAACCUUACCUUAGCUGUGAUGCCACCCAGCAUGAUGAACAUUGGGUCCACGGCUGGUAUAAUUGGAGGAGUCCUCGCAGGUCUCGUAUUUCUGGGGAUUCUCAUUUUCUGUUGCUGCCGGAAAAAGGGCAAGGAUGCUGAAGGUGCCCCUGGAGAAGUGUUUUAUGACAGAGAUGCUCCUGAAGCUGAAGAGGAGUACUGUGACGACAAGGCAGCCAGCGAGAAACAGCAACCCUACCAGAAAGAGUACACUGACGUUGUUCCUCAGAGUAAUUACAGUGUAGGAACAGCUGGACACAAGAUUGAGGAUGAUCAGCACAGUUAUAACAGUGGUAAAGAAAGGCAUGGUGGCAAGGGCAGUGAUAUUGACUCUAGACGUUACCAAGACGACCAGCAGGACCACUAUCAUGGAAGUCGCGAUCGCCUUGACGAUCAACGUGAUCGUUACGGUGGCAGUCGCGACCCGCCUUUGACGGACCAAACCGCGAUCGUUACAGGGGGCACGCUUCGCGACCGCCCCUUGACGACGCCAAGAACGAAGAUGCCGGGCAGUCGCGACCGCCUUGAUGACCAACGCGAUCAUUACGGCGGUAGUCGCGACCGUCUUGACGAUCGCCGUGAUCUUUACGGUGGAAGCCGGGAUCGUCUGGACGACCACGGCAAUCACUAUCGUAGCAGCCGUGAUCGUCUCGAUUACAUUGACGAUCAAUAACCCUUGUGUUACUGAAUGUUGUUUUAAAUCUUUUUCUUAUUUGAUACAAUACUAAAUAUUUUACUGACAUCGUAAAGAGACUCAGGAAAAUAGAUUUUUACAUCCUGACAAAUUCUCAAGUAAAAGCAAAUAAUUAAAUGGGUUGUCUCUAAUACAAGCCUGUCCCACAUACAGGCCUGGUUCUGUCUGCUGAAGCUAAAUAAAGUCCACUAGUUGAGAGUUUACUGUAGGAGGCUUAUGACUACUGGUUUGUGGGUCUAACUGCCAAUGUAUAAUCUGAGCUAACUGUACUUACAAUAUUUAACCUGCACAGACGAUCCAGUAAUUACAGUGAUUCUGUUGAAUUGAAGGGUACCCAGGUAGUUUAAUUAAAAUGUAUAACAAUAGUUUCAUCAUAAAUAUAGCAACGUCGUCAGUCUCUUGAACCAGAAUAUAUUAGCCUUCUAAAAUUUACAAGUACAAGAAAUUUAAUUUUGAAAUUCUUUUUAGCUUUAAUGUUGUUUCUUUGCUUUUUCUUACUUACCAUGUGCCUAAAUCUAUAAAUGUUAAUAAAUGUAAUUUGGUCAUAAGACACCACCCAAUCAUUAAUUCAUUAAUACAUACAUAUAAUACAGCUCAUAUAUUCAGGCCACCUAGCUACUACAGUAGUUUUGGGUAUUGUUAAAAAUAUGGUGUCACCAUAUACAAUGUGUACAUUAUCUUUAAGUGUAUUUGUGAUUAAAAGUAACGAAGUGCAUCAGCUGCCUUUAGGCUACAUUUACAUCUUAAACCUUUCUGUGUGGUUAUUGCAUUUUGUCCUUUGCAUGUGUUUGAUUUGGGGGCAGAGAAAGUGCCAGUUUAUAUUGAGUGGAACUUCUUACUUGAAGUGAUCAUUUAUAACACGUGUGCAGCUUUUUGCUCAUGUUUGUAUGUGAUAAACGAUGAAUGUAAGCAUUUUAUUUAUAUGAAGCUAAAUCCAAAUCGAGUUCAAUAAAGAA